AUGCUCUCCAGGUCUUUCCCGUGUGUGUGGAUUAUAUUUUGCCUUCAUUUAUGCUGCUGUGUGGACAGCGGGGAAGCACAGAACGCGAAGGAAGUGAUUCUGCUGGACUCCAAGGCACAGCAGACAGAACUGGAGUGGAUCUCCUAUCCUCCCAAUGGGUGGGAAGAAAUCAGCGGCUUGGAUGAGAACUACACUCCCAUUCGCACCUACCAGGUUUGCCAAGUCAUGGAGCCCAAUCAGAAUAACUGGCUUCGGACUAACUGGAUAGAGAAGGGCGAUGCUCAGAGAAUUUUUGUGGAACUGAAGUUCACCUUGAGGGAUUGUAACAGCCUACCCGGUGUGGUGGGCACUUGCAAGGAGACGUUCAACUUAUACUACCAGGAGACGGAUUCAGAGGUGGGCAGGAGCUUACGGGAGAACCAGUACGUGAAAAUUGACACAAUCGCCGCAGAUGAAAGCUUCACCCAGGGUGACCUGGGCGAGAGGAAGAUGAAGCUGAACACAGAAGUGCGCAUAAUUGGGCCCCUGUCCAGGCGGGGCUUCUACCUGGCCUUCCAGGAUGUAGGGGCGUGCAUCGCCCUGGUGUCUGUCAAAGUUUAUUACAAGAAGUGUUGGUCUAUCAUCGAGAACCUGGCCACGUUCCCGGACACCGUGACGGGAUCGGAGUUUUCCUCGCUGGUGGAGGUCGAGGGCGUGUGCGUGAGCGACGCCGAGGAGGAGGCCGACAACUCUCCCAAGAUGCACUGCAGCGCCGAGGGGGAAUGGCUGGUGCCCAUUGGGAAAUGUAUAUGCAAAGCUGGAUUUCAUCAGAAAGGAGACGCGUGCGAACCAUGCGGUCGUGGUUUCUACAAGUCUUCCUCCCAGGACCUUCAGUGCUCUCGCUGCCCAGCGCACAGCUUCAACGACCGUGAGGGCUCCUGGCGCUGCGACUGCGAGGAUGGUUACUACCGAGCGCUCUCUGACCCUCCAUCUGUGGCCUGCACAAGACCUCCCUCGGCGCCACAGAACCUAGUCUACAACAUCAACCAGACCACCGUUAGCCUGGAGUGGAGCCCACCGGCCGACACGGGCGGGCGCAACGACGUCAGCUACAGGGUCGUAUGCCGCCGCUGCAGCUGGGAACCCGAGGAGUGCGUACCGUGCGGGCCGAAUGUGGGAUACUCUCCCUCACAGUCAGGAUUAGUGGACACUUAUGUGAGCGUCAUGGACCUGCUUGCCCAUGCCAACUACACUUUUGAGGUGGAGGCUGUCAAUGGGGUGUCGGACCUGAGCCGCACGCAGAGGCUGUUUGCGGCAGUUAGCAUCGCUACUGGUCAAGCAGGUAAGGACUAUUACAUCAGUGUUUUGGUUUUUUUUUAUAAUAGCGGUGACUGCUUUGUUGUGACAGCUCCAUCCCAGGUCAGCGAGGUCAUCAAGGAGAAAGUGCAACAGCGCAGCAUCCAGCUCUCCUGGCAGGAGCCGCAGCAGCCCAACGGCGUCAUCACGGAAUAUGAAAUCAAAUACUACGAAAAAGAUCAGAAGGACAAGAUCUACUCCACAGUCAGGUCCAAGUCCACAUCAGCUACCGUCAACAACCUGAAGCCCAGCACGGCCUACGUGUUCCAGAUCAGGGCCUUCACAGAGGCAGGGUAUGGGACCUAUGGCCCCAGACUGGAGAUAACUACCAAGGAGGAGGCCACAGGAUCAGCUGCGAUUGUCUCCAGCGAGCAGAACCCCGUCAUCAUCAUAGCGGUGGUGGCCGUGGCGGGGACCAUCAUCCUGGUGUUCAUGGUGUUCGGCUUCAUCAUCGGGAGAAGACACUGCGGGUACAGCAAAGCGGAUCAGGAGGGAGAUGAGGAACUCUACUUCCAGUUCAAAUUUCCAGGCACCAAAACCUACAUCGACCCUGAAACGUACGAGGACCCGAACAGGGCUGUCCAUCAAUUUGCCAAGGAGUUGGAUGCCUCCUGCAUUAAAAUCGAGCGGGUUAUUGGAGCAGGAGAGUUCGGGGAGGUGUGCAGCGGCCGGCUGAAGCUGCCCGGGAAGCGGGACGUGUCGGUCGCCAUCAAGACCUUAAAGGUGGGCUACACCGAGAAGCAGAGACGGGACUUCCUGUGCGAGGCGAGCAUCAUGGGACAGUUCGACCACCCCAAUGUCGUUCACUUGGAAGGCGUCGUCACGAGAGGAAAACCAGUCAUGAUUGUCAUCGAGUACAUGGAGAACGGCUCAUUAGACGCUUUCCUCAGGAAACACGAUGGUCAGUUCACAGUCAUCCAGUUGGUGGGGAUGCUGCGGGGCAUAGCGGCGGGAAUGAGAUAUCUGUCUGAUAUGGGAUACGUCCAUCGAGAUCUGGCUGCGCGAAACAUCCUUGUCAACAGCAAUCUCGUAUGUAAAGUGUCUGACUUCGGCCUGUCAAGGGUGAUAGACGAUGAUCCGGAGGCUGUCUACACAACAACUGGCGGCAAAAUCCCCGUCCGGUGGACCGCGCCAGAAGCCAUCCAGUACCGUAAAUUCACCUCCGCAAGUGACGUGUGGAGUUACGGUAUUGUCAUGUGGGAGGUCAUGUCCUAUGGGGAGCGGCCUUACUGGGACAUGUCCAAUCAAGAUGUCAUAAAGGCAAUAGAGGAGGGCUACCGUCUUCCAGCCCCCAUGGACUGUCCACCAGGCCUGCAUCAGCUAAUGCUCGACUGCUGGCAGAAAGACAGAGCCGAACGUCCCAAAUUUGAUCAGAUAGUUGGCAUCCUUGAUAAGAUGAUCCGUAACCCUAACACCUUGAAAACCCCAGUGGGAACGUGUACAAGACCAAUUAGUCCACUGUUAGAUCAGAGCACACCAGACUUCACCGCUUUCCGCUCAGUGGGAGAGUGGCUGGAAGCCAUCAAGAUGGAACGAUACAGAGACAACUUCACAGCAGCUGGCUACAGUUCCCUGGAAUCUGUGGCCAGGAUGUCAAUCGAGGACGUGAUGAGCUUGGGGAUCACGCUGGUGGGCCAUCAGAAAAAGAUCAUGAGCAGCAUACAGACUAUGAGAGCCCAGAUGCUCCAUCUCCACGGCACGGGUGUCCAGGUGUGACUGGGACGGGCCACCACCACCUCAGUACGGGGGUCAAAUCGAAACCAGAACUGAUCCGGAGCAGCGCCUGGGACGUAACCGGGGAUAAUGGUCAAAGUAAACAGACAUCUGCUAUGUCUGACUCUUCCGGCUGCGUCCGGAGCGAAAUCAUUCCUUUGUUCCUCAUUGAAGGAUUGUGGUCUUCAAAGGGCACUAAAGA